AUGCAAGAUCCGUGGAAGGAAACAGAAACAAGUGAACAACCCUGGCAUCGUGCAACCUCUGGAACAUUACUGAAACUUCGUUCUCGACGCGUCAACACGUUCAAUCCUAGCCGUUACUAUCACCAUCCUAGGUUAAAAAAAAAAAAAGUCCCACUAUCUAGUAGUACACCUGGAGCAGGCGAUCGUAGCCCCAUGCGACGAUUUACAAUCAGGUGGACCAUAAAGCGCCACGUGUCGAUCCAAAUCAGUGUUUGA